CGGUGAUAUCACACCCGAAAGCUGGAAUCAUGUGAUGGCAGCCAAAUCAUGGGGUGCUCUUCUUUUACACCAAACGUCAAUGAAAUUUCAUUCAGAGCUAAAAUAUUUUGUCAUGAUUUCAUCCGUGGUUCAAUUAGUGGGGAAUUCCGGUCAGGCGAGUUAUUGUGCAGCUAACAGAUACCUUUCAUCUCUUGGUUAUUUCCGUAGAAGUAGAGGUUUACCUGCAACUGUCUUUUGUCCAGGAAUUAUCCGAGACACUGGAUAUGCAUCAACCCAGAAAGGACUUCUUGAGUAUUGGGAAAGGAAAGGAAUGGAAAGUUUGACAGCAGUAGAUUUAUUGAAAGGGCUUAGCGUUAUACUUUUAAGCGGCGUUGCUGAAAUUGGAAUAAGUGGACAUUUUCGAGUUCAUGACUAUAUUUCGAAUUCGAAUCUAAGCGGUCUGCUAAACACAUACACACGCUCUGGCAUUGAUGGAGUAAGUUCUAUUGAAAUAGGGUUCUCUUCAUCAACGAAAAUAGAUGCCAAAGAGGAUGAAAUCGAUAUAAAACAGAUGAAUCCAGAUGAUGCUAAGCUUCUUAUAUUACAGUCUCUGUGCUGUCUAAUAUCAGAGCGUCUAAGUAGUGACAUAUCACCAGAAUCGUCACCUUCUUCAGUUGGUGUUGAUUCGUUGAUGGCAACCGAAUUGAGUGGAAUGAUCCAAAGAAAGUUUUCUGUUCCAUUCUCAUCAGUGGAAUUAAUUAAUGCAAAUAUGACAAUCCGGGAGUUAUCAGUUUUGAUCUACAAGAGAAUUGUAGCUAAAGAUAUAUUGGGAGGACAGAAAAACGACGACAAAGACGAAGGUGAUACGUCUUGGAAAGCGUGGUAUAUUAUGGAUGAAAAAGUGACAUCUCCAGAUAUCCAACUAAUUUGCUUUCCUCCAAUUGGGGGUGGUCCGUCUGUAUAUGCUUGGUGGCAAUAUAAACUGAGUAAGCAAAAUAUUCAGUUGAUCAUGGCACAGCUACCCGGAUGGGAAGGACGCCAUCUUGAGAAGCCCCUUCAAAAUCUCAAUGAAAUAGCGCUAAAGCUAACAGACUAUCUAUCUCCACAACUAAUCCCUGGUAAAUUUGUUUUAUUUGGCCAUAGCAUCGGUGGACUUAUUGCAUUUGAAGUUGCCCAUCUCCUUAAAGACAGAGGUCUACCACCAGCCCACAUAAUCAUCAGUUCCUGGUAUGCUCCAACGUUAGGUUAUCCUAACGCGGGAGAGCUCGAGAAAGCGCCGAGUAUCUUACGACAGAUGGAACAAAAUAUCAGGAACAAUAUCCGACUCACUGACGACAAAGCCAUGCGGCUUUCUUUUCUUGAUAAUGAGUUGUUGGGUAAGCCUGAGCUGAUGCGACGUCUUAUUCCUUGCUUCCUAGUGAGUUCAAAAAUUUGCCAAAAGUACAGAAAUACUCACAACACAAAGCUUCAAUGUGGCAUGACCGUAUUGGGUGCAAAGUCCGAUCAUUUUGUUCCACCAACCCUACUGGAUGCUUGGCAGCUAGAAAUUGAAACAAAUCAUCCUUUUAAGAAGAUUGUAGUUUCAGGAGGUCACAUGAGCAUUAUGUCAGCAAAGAAGAAAGUUCUUAAAGGAAUUUUAAACGCUCUAAGAAAAGCAUUUUUUGUCUAAUUACAUAUGAAUACAAUUAUUUUGUAUGGGUUGAAUGAUGUAAAUAAUCUAAAGGUUAUCGGUUAUAGCAAAGAGUAUAGACACCAAGAAUUGCAAUU